AUGGAAAAACGCACAUACGGAAAAACGCAAAUAUGGAAUAAAUUCAAAUAUGGCAGAAACGCAAAUAUGGGUAAUCGCAAAUAUGGGAAAAACGCUAAUAUGGGAAAACCGCAGGGAACGCAAAUAUGGGAAAGACGCAAAUAUGGAAAAAGACGCAAAUAUGGGGAAAGACGCAAUUAUGGGGAAAGACGCAAUUAUGGGGAAAGACGCAAUUAUGGGGAAAGACGCAAUUAUGGGGAAAGACGCAAAUAUGGGGAAAGACGCAAAUAUGGAGAAAAACGCAAACAUGGGGAAAACGCAAAUAUGGGGAAAACGCAUAUAUGGGGAAAACGUAAAUAUGGGGAAAACGCAAAUAUGGGGAAAACGAAAAUAUGGGGAAAACGCAAAUAUGGGGAAAACGCAAAUUUGGCAAAAAACGCAAAUAUGGGGAAAACGCAAAUAUGGGGAAAACGCAAAUAUGGGAAAAUCACAAAUAUGGGAAAAACGCAAAUAUAG